ACUAUUUAUUUGGUGGUCAGGCAGCUUGAUAUUUUUAAUAUACUCCUAGGUUUUGAGUAGGUGUAGUUCUUUGCUUUCUUUUCCUGUGUGGGGGCACAGGCAACUUGUUCUCUAACAUGGGACAUCCUAGAUUAGAGGCCUACUUGGUAUUUUCUUACAGAUUCAUAGAAUGCAAGUCAUUUUCCUUAGUUUUUACGACUAGUUGACUUCUAUUGAAAGCAGUGAAUAAAGAUUCUAGAGUAAGUGUAUAAAGUCUUCAGUUUCUGCUUAAGUUUUUUCAUUGAGUUUUUGAACCAACAAUGUCAAAAACAGUUGUAUAUGCAUUAGCCAUAUUUUCCUUUACCUUUUUCAUACCUUUGUCAUAUGGCCAAACUCCAAGCUUGGAAGUUGAAGUUGCUGCUUUGAAAGCUUUCAAGAACUCAAUUUCUGAUGACCCUUUUGGUGCACUUGUGGAUUGGACUGAUGCAAAUCACCAUUGCAACUGGUCUGGAAUUACAUGUGAUCCUUCUUCAAACCAUGUCAUCAACAUUACGCUGUUUGAGACGCAGCUCAAAGGCGAAAUCUCUCCAUUUCUGGGAAACCUCUCCAAACUCCAGGUUCUUGAUCUAACUUUGAAUUCAUUUAUUGGAAAUAUUCCACCUCAGCUGGGGCAUUGCACAGAGCUGGUUGAGCUCAUUCUUUAUCAAAAUUCUCUUUCUGGUGAAAUUCCUGCUGAACUUGGAAACGUCAAAAACCUGCAGUUAAUAGAUUUUGGAAAUAACUUUCUGAAUGGGAGUAUACCUGAGAGUAUAUGCAACUGCACUGAAUUGUUGUUAGUAAGCCUCAUCAACAACAGUUUCACAGGCAAAUUACCGUCUGAUAUUGGUAAUUUGGCUAAUCUUCAGUUGUUUGUAGCUUAUGAAAACAAUUUCACUGGUUCUAUUCCUACCUCCAUUAGAAAGUUAACAGCUUUGCAAACCCUUGACCUGAGCGAGAACCAAUUGUCUGGGCCUAUACCACCAGAAAUUGGCAACUUGUCAAGUUUAGAAAUUCUUCAGUUGCAUCUCAACUUUCUUUCUGGUAAAAUUCCAUCUGAACUUGGCCUCUGUACCAAUCUUGUUACCUUGAACAUGUAUACUAAUCAAUUCACCGGAAGCAUACCUCCAGAGCUUGGAAAUUUAGAAAACUUGCAAACGCUCAGAUUGUAUAACAAUCAGUUGAACUCCAGUAUCCCAGCCUCAUUGUUCCACCUGAAGUCAUUAGCUCGUUUAGGACUCUCACAGAAUGAGCUAACUGGUCAAAUUCCUCCCGAGUUAGGAUCUUCAACGUCACUACAAGUGCUUACCCUCCACUCAAAUAGCUUGUCUGGGGAGAUUCCAUCAACUAUAACAAAACUGACAAACUUGACAUAUUUGUCUUUGAGCUUCAAUUUAUUGACUGGAUCACUUCCAUCAGAAUUUGGGUUGCUCUAUAAUCUGAAGAAUCUAACUGCAAGUGACAACCUCCUAGAGGGAUCUAUUCCAUCUAGCAUAACAAAUUGUUCACAUCUUCUAGUUUUGACCCUCUCUUAUAAUAGAAUAACGGGGAAAAUACCCAAUGGAUUGGGGCAGUUGUCCAAUCUUACAUUUUUGUCUUUGGGAUCAAACAAAAUGGUGGGGGAGAUUCCUGACGAUUUCUUCAACUGCUCAAUGCUUGAGGUUCUAGAUCUGAGUGGUAACAAUUUCAGCGGGGAACUCAAACCGAUGAUUGGCAGACUUUCUAAACUUCGAGUUCUAAGAGCCCGUACUAAUUCAUUUCUCGGGCCAAUCCCACCAGAGAUUGGUAAACUGAGUCAACUGAUGGAUUUAGUGCUUCACGAAAACAGUUUCUCAGGUGUGAUACCACCAGAAAUUUCAAUGCUUUCAGACCUCCAGGGUCUUUCGCUGUCUGACAACAAGCUGGAAGGUAAACUUCCGGUGCAACUUUUUGAGCUUAAAAAUCUCAAUGAACUCCGGCUGCAGAACAAUAAUUUCUUCGGUCCAAUACCUCACCAGAUAUCCAAACUGGAGUUACUCUCGUUGCUGGAUCUGAGCGGAAAUAAGCUUAAUGGUACAAUCCCAGAGAGCAUGGCGAGCCUCCGCAGACUGAUGACCUUAGAUCUUUCACACAACCUUCUCACCGGAUCUCUUCCUCGAGCAGUACUCGCCAGCAUGAGAAGUAUGCAAUUUUACUUGAACGUUUCCAGCAACUUUUUGGACGGAACGAUCCCAGAUGAGAUUGGCGUGUUAGAAAUGGUUCAAGAGAUUGAUAUGUCAAACAACAAUCUAUCAGGCAGCAUUCCCAGAUCCUUUGGACAAUGCAAAAACUUAUUCUCACUGGACCUAUCAGGAAACAUGCUCUCUGCUCCUGCUCCAGGUGCAAUUCUCACCAAAUUAAGUGAGCUUGUGUUUUUGAAUCUCUCAAGGAACAGAUUAGAAAGCGAACUUCCUGAAAUGGAAGGAUUGCCACAUCUUCGCUCUGUUGAUCUUUCACAUAACAAGUUCAAGGGAAUCAUUCCAGAGAGAUUUGCCAGUAUGCCUGCAUUGAAAUAUCUCAACCUUUCUUUCAACCAACUUGAAGGUCACAUUCCAAAGGGGGGUGUAUUCAACAAUAUAAAGUUGGCAGAUUUAGUGGGAAAUCCAUCUCUAUGUGGAACUAAGUUUCUCAGGCCUUGCAGCACCAAAAGCAUCCGAACAGGUACUCACGGUUUUUCCAAGAAAACCUUGAUCAUUCUUGCAGCACUUGGAUCUGCUUUUGGUCUCAUUCUUCUCGUGUUGGGAAUCUUUUUUCUUCAUCAGUACACGAAGAAGCAAAAGGUGAAAGACACGGAGGAUAUGAUUCCAAAGUAUACCUCAGCACUGAGCCUCGAGAGAUUUUAUCAAAAGGAUUUGGAACUUGCUACUGAUAAUUUCAGUCCAGAAAAUAUUAUUGGAGCCAGCAGUUUAAGUACUGUGUACAAGGGUAGACUGGAAGAUGGAAAGAUUGUAGCAGUUAAGAAACUGAAUCACCGGUUCGCAGCAGAAGCUGAUAAAUGCUUUGACAGGGAAGUCAAGACUCUGAGCCAACUCAGACACAGGAACCUGGUUAAGGUGCUCGGUUAUGCUUGGGAAAGCAAGAAGCUAAAGGCUUUAGUUUUAGAAUACAUGGAGAAAGGGAACUUGGACAAUAUUAUUUAUGAUCAAAUGGUGGACGACUGGACAUUGUCCAAUAGGAUUGAUAUUUUAGUUUCGGUUGCUAGUGGUUUGUCAUACCUGCAUUCAGGCUAUGAUUUUCCAAUAGUGCACUGUGACUUGAAGCCUUCAAAUAUUCUUCUGGAUGAAAAUAUGGAAGCACAUGUCAGUGACUUUGGGACAGCUAGGAUGUUGGGUAUUCAUCUCCAGGAUGGGAGCAGCAUAUCAUCAGCAUCCGCAUUUGAAGGAACUAUUGGUUACUUGGCGCCAGAGUUUGCAUAUAUGAGGAAAGUGACUACAAAAGUAGAUGUAUUCAGCUAUGGUGUAAUAGUGAUGGAGAUCAUUACAAAAAGAAGGCCAACAGGUUUUACAGGAGCAGAUGAAUUACCAAUGACUUUGCAUCAAAUUGUUCAGAACGCCGUUGCAAAUGGCAUAAACGAGCUAGUCCAGAUUGUGGAUCCUAAUCUAACUUCAUAUGUCUCCAAGAAACAGGAUGUAGUAGAGGGACUUCUUAAAUUGGCUUUGUCCUGCACCUCUCCUGAUCCUGAAGACAGACCUGACAUGGAACAAGUUCUGUCUUCUCUUUCAAAGUUAAGUAAGAUGGAAUGCAUGAAUUCACAUGCUUGUUUGGUAAAAGAUGCAAUUUGAUGUAGACGAAGCUGGAAUUUCAACAAUAUUAAUGUGAACCACCACCAAGUUUCCCUUAGCGGCCAA